AACCUUUGCAUGGUUAAUAAACCCUAACCCCAAAAACCCCCCAACAUCGAAUUCAGAUAAUCUGAGAUGGCGUUCAUGUCUAGCUUCCGUCGCGUUCUCGGCGGAUCAGCCUCUGCUCUUCCGUCCCAAUUAGCCGCCGUUCGUCACAAUACAACCCUCACUUCCCCUAAGCUAUUCAUCAGCGGACUUUCGAGAUUAACAACUGAUGAAAAACUUAAACAGACGUUUUCUGAAUUUGGGCAGAUUGAACACGCAAAAGUGAUAACCGAUAGGGAGACCGGAAGAUCAAAGGGGUUUGCUUUCAUUACAUACUCAUCGAUUGAAGAAGCUGAGAAGGCUAAAGAAGGAAUGAACGGCAAGUUCCUGGAUGGGUGGGUAAUUUUCGUUGACCCUGCCAAGCCUAGGGAGUAUAGACCCCCACCUCAAGCACAGCAAGAACCCGCUAAUAGUGGUUACAAAGUAAACAAGACUAUUGGAUGGUGUGGAUGAUUGCAUAGAUUACUUGGUGAAUCUCAUUGUGCUGCAAGGAAGGCAGUAUAAACACUAUACCUCAUUGCUGUUCUUGUUAGUGUGAAAAAACUUGUAAGUUUGAUUAAUUUGAACAGGGAGAGACCUUGGUAACCUUGUUCUGUGGGACUACUACAUCCAUUCAUCCAAUGCUUCAAUCUAUAUGCCAACCCUUUCGGCCUUAAGGUCUACUACCACAAUCAAAGUCGGCACUAUUUUUUGUUCAAAUUGAAUUCGAUUCAGCUA